AUCUGAAGAGUAUUAUUGUACUAAAGUGAAACUGAUUAAAGGACGCAUUUUCACUACGUGCAGCUCAGUCGAUUACACGAAGUCAUGAAGAUAGCAUUGAUCGUCUUAGGGAUCGUGGCGCUUUGCCAAUUGGUAGCCUCUCGUGAGGCCACCAGCAAAGCCGAAUGUCUCGCCAAGGAGUUCUUCCAAAAGUGUGGUCCAUGUUGCGAGGAUACGUGUUCUACUAAGUGCACUGUCAGGUGCAUGACCUGCGUUCCCGGAUGCUUCUGCCGGCCCGGAUAUACACGCAGUGCCCCGUUCGGAGCUUGCAUCAAAUGGCGCAAAUGUGGCAAGUGAAGUGCUUUGUACUGACAUCACUGAUUUCGUUAGAGUUGGGUGGUAAUAAAUGAUUCGAUGAGUGGGAUUUCUUA